UCCGUCUCGACACAGCGGUAUUCUACAUUAUAACAUUUCUAGAAAAUUUCUGGAUACUAUUUAUAGAAAAUUUAAUGUACAAAAUAUUUUGUGGGAUAGAAUCAAAUUUUUGGGGUUCUAGUGUUUUAAUUAUUUUUAAAGAACAUGGAGAUGCUUUCACCCAGACAAGAAGAACUUUUGUUGAAAGAUAAUAAAAAGGGAAAGCUUGCCAAAGGGGGCAACUACGUUGCCGAAGGACCAGACACCAGCAAAUCAACAUGGCUUCUUUUUUCCCCUGCAACUCCCGAUGAAGCCGGUUCCUUGGCAAGGUUCCUGGGUAUCUUUUCCUCACACGGUGUGAACCUCAACCAUAUCGAGUCUAGAUCCUCAGCCAGGCGACCAGGAUACGAGUUCAUGGUAGAAUGUGAGCAUGGGUCUGGCGAUUUUGGUGCGGCACUGGAAGAUUUAAAACAGAUUGCUGGAUAUUUAAAUGUGAUUUCUAGAGACUAUAAGGAUAAUUUAUCCACUGUACCAUGGUUCCCCCGACGUAUCAGAGACUUGGACAGAUUCGCUAAUCAGAUCCUGUCUUACGGCGCUGAGUUAGACUCAGACCACCCUGGGUUCACCGACGCUGUGUACCGUGCUAGAAGGAAAUACUUCGCAGACAUUGCCUUCAAUUACAAGCAUGGCCAGCCAUUACCCCACGUUGAUUACACCAAGGAUGAAAUAAAUACCUGGGGCAUUGUGUUCAGGAAGCUAACUGAAUUAUAUCCAACUCAUGCUUGCAAAGAACAUAAUCACGUGUUUCCACUGUUGAUAGAAAAUUGUGGGUACAGGGAAGACAAUAUACCACAGCUAGAAGACGUUUCCAACUUCUUAAAAGACUGCACAGGAUUCACCCUCCGACCAGUAGCUGGCCUCUUGUCUUCCCGCGACUUCCUCGCGGGGCUUGCAUUCCGCGUAUUCCACAGUACACAGUACAUCAGGCACCACUCUCGCCCACUUUACACCCCCGAGCCAGACGUGUGUCACGAGCUGCUGGGACACGCGCCGCUAUUUGCUGAUCCAGCAUUCGCGCAGUUCUCGCAGGAAAUUGGCCUUGCUUCAUUGGGAGCACCUGAUGAUUAUAUUGAAAAACUCGCUACGUGUUUCUGGUUCACCGUGGAGUUUGGGCUAUGUCGACAAGAAGGACAGCUGAAAGCUUUCGGCGCUGGUCUUCUAUCAUCGUUCGGUGAACUACAAUACUGCCUCUCAGACAAACCAGAGCUAAGAGAGUUCGAGCCGAGUAUUACUGGUGACCAGAAGUACCCUAUUACGGAGUAUCAGCCGAUUUACUUCGUCGCCCAAAGCUUCGAAAGCGCCAAAGAAAAAAUGAUAAAAUUUGCUCAAACUAUACCUCGAGAGUUCGGCGUGAGAUACAACCCUUACACACAGAGCAUCGACAUCCUGGACUCUUCGCGCCAAAUGACAGAUCUUCUUAAGCAAAUCCACACGGAAAUGGAACUACUGCUUGGCACAAUGGACAAAUUGUAGGAUACUUCGAGUUCCUGAUUUUACUCAAGCUUUACAGAAUUUUCACUACUUGAAGAGUGAAGAGUAACGAAACAAAAUACUCUUUAGUAGAUCAAUUAGAAGUGCAUCGUUACCUAGAAUGUAUACAGUUAUAUUUAAAAUGUGAAAUAGUUUGCUUAAUAAUACUUAAAUAUGAUGAAUGAUUGCUUAAAUGUUUAGUAUAAGGAAAUAAAUAUAUAGACAGUAAUAUAUAGUAAAAUUAAUAAAAAUAUAUCAUUAGUGCUACAUAAAAGCCCAAUUGAAUAAUUGCGUUGCUUAUUUGUUGGUUACCUCCUAACUUUUCAGUGUUCAGAUGUUUACCCUACCCGUAAAGGUGGUGAAAUAGAAGAUUACAUUAUUCAACAAGUCGAGAAAGUUACCUAUUUUAUAUCACCUAACUACACCCAGUUUUAGUAUAAAAAAUAUAUUACCGUAAAAGACAUAAGUCACUCA